UGCAAAUUCGUAGGUAUAUAUAUAUAUCCAGCACCCUAAAACAUCACAUACCCCCAACAAAAACAACAUUGUACCUCGUCAAGAGCACAAACAUGAUGUUCAGAACUCAAACCACGAAUCCCUCCGCCAUAACAUUCAACCCCACAACCUCCAAAUACUACGUAACCUUCGGCGGAGCCACCAUCGAGACCACCGUGACUGACAAGUCCGCCACCGCCACCCAAUGGGUGGAAGAGAUCACCUCCCUGUACGGCGGGAGCCCCGCCGUGUUCCAUGAGCAACAAAUCAGCCACUCUCCAGCUCUGCAUAGACCGCAAGUGCUUGAUCCUCCAGCUCUUCUACAUGGACGAAAUCCCGGGAUCAAUCUCGGGCUUUCUUCUCGACCCGAACUUCACCUUCGUGGGGAUCGAAGUGGGAGACGACGUUCUGAAGCUGAAGAACGAGUACGGGCUGGAGUGCGGCAGCAGCAGAGAUAUUCGGGAGGCGGCGAAGGAGAGGUGGCCGGGGAGGUUCCGGCGGCCGGGACUGAAGGAUCUGGCGUGGGAAGUGUGCGGGCUGAGGAUGAGGAAACCUAAGCAUGUGUGCAUGAGUAAUUGGGAGGCGAGAGUGCUGAAUGAAGCACAAGUUGAGUAUGCGUGCAUUGAUGCGUUUGCUUCUUACAAGAUUGGGCAUAAGCUGCUCAUUGAGAAAUGUUGAAGGGUUUGAUGAUGAGCUAGUGGGUUUAAUCAAUUUCUUCUAUGCAACUGUGUGUAAUGUGUGUGUGU